AGAUGACCAAGAAGAGGCGGAACAAUGGGCGCGCCAAGAAGGGCCGGGGGCACGUCCAGCCCAUCCGCUGCACCAACUGCGCCCGCUGCGUCCCCAAGGACAAGGCCAUCAAGAAGUUCGUCAUCCGGAACAUCGUGGAGGCCGCCGCGGUGCGGGACAUCUCCGAAGCCAGCGUCUUCGAUUCGUACGUGCUGCCCAAGCUGUAUGUGAAGCUGCAUUACUGCGUGAGCUGUGCCAUCCACAGCAAAGUGGUGAGGAACCGUUCCCGGGAGGCCCGGAAGGACCGUACCCCUCCGCCCAGGUUCAGGCCUGCGGGCGCUGCCCCGAGACCUCCGCCCAAGCCCAUGUAAGGAAAUGGGGCUGGAAAAGUGCAUCUUGAGACAUUGCUUCAAUAAAUGACUUUACAUCUGG